AUGAGUCCUGUCGAUAAAUCGUCCAUGCUAUGGGCGCGAGAUGCCAUUUCCGACCUCAAAUCUGCGCCAGAGACCUUUUCGAGCUGGGACAAAUGUAUGGCCAAGUCCUACUGCAAAUGGCCCGUUAUCGUUGCAAUCAUUGUCGCCGCUGUCAUCAUUAUCGCGAUCUUGGCUUGUGUCAUCAAUUGUCUCUGUUGCGGAAUCCAAUGUUGUACCGGAUGCUGUCGUUGUCUAUCCUGUUGCUGCCCAUCGCCGCGGAAGAACAAGGGUUCUCGAAAGCAGUACAUGGAUGAUGUGUCGCCGUAUCACCAGCCGCCGCCUCCCAUGCCACAAGCAACCGUUUAUCAGCCUCCUCCUCCCGUGGCCCCACCUACGUAUCGGGGUGCCCAGAUCGCGCGAUUUGAUACUCCCAGUAGCCCAGCUGCAUCCAAGACUGGAUUCAAGGUCAACGAAGAUGCUUUGCCUGAAAUGCCCACCUGGGAUAAUGCUCGAACCAGACGGGUCGAAGACACCAGCAGCCCCCGUCCGGAGGAUAUGGAAAUGGAACCGUUGAACCAGCCUCGCCGAUCCCCAUCUGUUCCUAGAUCCCCUGCAAGCUUCAUGGGCCCGCCUGCCAGAACGGGUACCACACCUAGCUUCUAUGGUGAGCAGAACAUCCAUGCGCGACGGUCUCCGGGCCCGCAAUCUCCUCCGGCUGCUACUGCCCCGCUUUCGCCAUAUGAUGAGCCUUACGGAGACUACCCAUAUGGUAUGUCACCACCAGGCCCAACUCCGGCUCCGGCUCCGUACGCGCCUCGACAGUACACCCCGAUGCCAUCGAUCUCUCCAGCACCUGCCGCCUACACUCCUUCGCAAUAUACCCCUAUGCCCUCCACCAUCUCCACCCCUGACCCUGUACCUUAUCGCCAGCCGUCUCCUGGUGUUGCUGUGCCCUACCGUCAACCCUCUCCUGGCCCUGGAAUGCCAUUCCGUCAACCAUCCCCUGGUCCUGGUGUUCCCUUCCGGCAGCCCUCCCCCGGCCCUGGCGUGCCGUUCCGCCAACAAUCACCUGCAGUGCCAUUCCGCCAGCCCUCCCCGGGAUUCCCCCAGCCACCCAGCUACCGCGGACUAUCACCAGCUGCUUCUCCAGCGUCUCCACCACCGGCUUUCUCAGAGACGAAUAAUGGCCCGGGCAGGCCCCCGAGUCUGUUGCAGAGUGGACGGAAGCCUUCAGUGAAUUUCUAG